UGCGCGGCGGCCGCUCGGGCUGAGGCGGCUCCUGGGCGGCGGCGGCGACGGCGACGCGCGCCCCCCGCGUCCCUCCUGCCCGGCGCGCCCGCCGCGGCCGCUCCCCGGGGCCCGAAGAUGCCGGCCGUGUCGAAGGGGGACGGGAUGCGGGGCCUGGCGGUCUUCAUCUCGGACAUCCGCAACUGUAAAAGUAAAGAGGCAGAAAUAAAGAGAAUAAACAAAGAGCUGGCCAAUAUCAGAUCCAAGUUUAAAGGAGACAAGGCUCUCGAUGGCUACAGCAAGAAAAAGUACGUGUGCAAGUUGCUCUUCAUCUUCCUUCUGGGCCACGACAUCGACUUCGGGCACAUGGAGGCUGUCAACCUGCUGAGCUCCAACAGAUACAGCGAGAAGCAGAUUGGCUACCUGUUCAUCUCCGUGCUGGUCAACUCCAACUCCGAGCUCAUCCGCCUCAUCAACAACGCCAUCAAGAACGACCUGGCCAGCCGCAACCCCACCUUCAUGGGUCUGGCCCUGCACUGCAUCGCCAACGUGGGCAGCCGCGAGAUGGGCGAAGCCUUUGCUGGGGAGAUCCCCAAAAUUCUGGUAGCGGGGGACACCAUGGACAGCGUGAAGCAGAGCGCAGCCUUGUGCCUGCUGCGCCUGUACCGCACAUCUCCGGACCUGGUGCCCAUGGGCGACUGGACCUCCCGCGUGGUGCAUCUGCUCAAUGACCAGCACCUGGGUGUGGUGACUGCUGCCACCAGCCUCAUCACCACCCUGGCACAGAAGAACCCCGAGGAGUUCCGCACAUCUGUGUCUUUGGCUGUCUCCAGACUGAGCAGGAUCGUCACGUCGGCCUCCACGGACCUCCAGGACUACACGUACUACUUUGUUCCGGCGCCCUGGCUCUCGGUGAAGCUGCUGCGGCUGCUGCAGUCGUACCCGCCCCCAGAAGACCCCGCAGCACGAGGCCGCCUGACUGAGUGCCUGGAGACGAUCCUCAACAAGGCCCAGGAGCCACCCAAGUCCAAGAAGGUGCAGCACUCCAACGCCAAGAACGCGGUGCUCUUCGAGGCCAUCAGCCUCGUCAUCCACCAUGACAGCGAGCCCAACCUGCUGGUGCGUGCCUGUAACCAGCUGGGCCAGUUCUUGCAGCACCGUGAGACCAACCUGCGCUACCUGGCGCUGGAGAGCAUGUGUGCGCUGGCCAGCUCCGAGUUCUCCCAUGAGGCUGUCAAGACGCACAUUGAGACGGUCAUCAAUGCCCUCAAGACCGAGCGGGACGUGAGCGUGCGGCAGCGGGCCGUGGACCUGCUCUACGCCAUGUGUGAUCGCAGCAACGCGCAGCAGAUUGUGGCCGAGAUGCUGAGCUACCUGGAAGCAGCCGACUACUGCAUCCGGGAGGAGAUCGUGCUGAAGGUGGCCAUCCUGGCCGAGAAGUACGCUGUGGACUACGCGUGGUACGUGGACACCAUCCUCAACCUCAUCCGCAUCGCCGGCGACCACGUGAGCGAGGAGGUGUGGUUCCGCGUGAUCCAGAUCGUCACCAACCGGGACGACGUGCAGGGCUACGCCGCCAAGACCGUGUUCGAGGCUCUGCAGGCCCCAGCGUGCCACGAGAACCUGGUCAAAGUGGGGGGCUACAUCCUGGGGGAGUUCGGCAACUUGAUUGCCGGGGACCCGAGAUCCAGCCCCCUGACUCAGUUCCACCUGCUGCACUCCAAGUUCCACCUGUGCAGUGUGCCUGGCCGGGCGCUCCUCCUGUCCGCCUACAUCAAGUUCGUCAAUCUCUUCCCGGAGGUCAAGGCCACCAUCCAGGACGUGUUGCGCAGUGACAGCCAGCUCCGCAACGCCGACGUGGAGCUGCAGCAGCGUGCGGUGGAGUACCUGCGCCUCAGCACUGUGGCCAGCACCGACAUCCUGGCCACAGUGCUGGAGGAGAUGCCACCGUUCCCAGAGCGGGAAUCGUCCAUCCUGGCCAAGCUGAAGAGGAAGAAGGGCCGGAGCUCCGUGGGCGGCCUGGAGGCGAGCAAGCGGGAGCGUGGCGCCGACCUCAACGGGGGCCCGGACCCCGGCCAGGCCGUGGCCAGCGCCACGUCCACGCCUUCCCCGUCUGCAGACCUCCUGGGCCUGGGGGCGCCCUCUGCCCCUGCAGGGCCCCCCCCCACCUCGGCAGGAGGGCUGCUGGUGGACGUGUUCUCAGACUCACCGUCCACGGCAGCACCCCUCGCUCCUGGCUCCGAAGACAACUUUGCCAGGUUCGUCUGCAAGAACAACGGCGUGUUGUUUGAGAACCAGCUGCUGCAGGUCGGCCUGAAGUCUGAGUUCCGGCAGAACUUAGGCCGCAUGCUCAUCUUCUACGGGAACAAGACCUCCACGCAGUUCUUCAACUUCAGCCCCACGCUGCUGUGCUCCGACGAGCUGCAGGCCAACCUGAGCCUGCAGACCAAGCCCGUGGAUCCCACCGUGGACGGGGGCGCGCAGGUGCAGCAGGUGGUGAACAUUGAGUGUAUAUCCGACUUCACCGAGGCACCCGUCCUCAACGUCCAGUUCAGGUAUGGCGGCACCUUGCAGAACGUGUCCGUUAAGCUGCCGAUCACACUCAACAAGUUCUUCCAGCCCACAGAAAUGGCCUCUCAGGAUUUCUUUCAGCGUUGGAAGCAGCUGAGCAGCCCUCAGCAGGAAGUGCAGAACAUCUUCAAGGCCAAGCACCCGAUGGACACGGAGAUCACCAAAGCCAAGAUUAUCGGAUUUGGCUCUGCACUCCUUGAAGAGGUCGACCCCAAUCCUGCUAAUUUUGUGGGAGCUGGGAUCAUCCACACCAGAACCACUCAGAUUGGCUGCCUGCUGCGUCUGGAGCCCAAUCUGCAAGCCCAGGUUUACCGCCUCACGCUGCGUGCCAGCAAGGAGAGCGUCUCCCAGCGGCUGUGCGAGCUGUUGGCCCAGCAGUUCUAAGCGCCAGGACCGGCGGCGGCACCCGCCUGCUUCCUUGUUCUCGUCCUUGUCUCCGUCCCGUCUGAGUCCACGCCCACC